GGAAGAUGGGAUCCGUGUUGUGAGUGGCACGAGUUUCUUCACCAUGACGACAAUAUUGUAGCUGCAAAGGCCAUUUGUUGUACUGUAAAAUUAUAGACCAGAAACUGAAUUUAUAGCUGACAUAUUAACGUAUCAGAAUGUCAGAUUUGGAGGCGCAGGUUGGCUCCAUUUUGGAGAUAAUGGUGAAUACGACGGUAACCGAAAUGACCAAAGUUAUUGGCGGCUCCGCUUCAACACACCCACAAGUGUCCUCAUGUACAACUGAAAACACACCCGGGCCCUCAGAGGAGAAGGUGAUUCAGUUCAGUGUCUUCAUGACAUCUCUGGCUCGAGAAGCUGUGGAGAAGAUCUGCCAGCUCUUCCAUGACUGCUCGUCUCUGCUGCAGUUAGAGGUGACACGGGGUGUUGCAGAGAUCGAGGACCUGAGGCGGAGACUGGAGGUGGCAGAGACGGAGCUGAAGCUGGUACUGGAGGGCAGCGGUGGUCAGAAGGAGAUAGAAGAGCUGACAGAGGGAAGCAGUGGAGAGAAGGAGGACAGUGGGGCUCCGACCAACGGCGCAGAAGGAGAGACUGUUCAUAGCCAGCGCUCAGGGAGGAAGUGUCGCAGAGUUGUUGCAAGCGGUGAUGCUGGAGUGAAGAGAUCACCUAUAAUUCACCUGUGGAAAGGCAGAACUUAUGAGGACUGUGUCCAACCUGUGAUAAUAAAGGAGGAGGGAUUGGAGGCUUUUGCAGACCAGGCGUCCUCUGAUUCUGGUCAGUUCAAAGAUGACUUGGGCCAGGACGAUGAUGACGACCCAGACUACCAGUUGGAACCAGAAGAUCCAGAUGAAGGUGACCCAGGAUUCCCCACCAGACCUAAACGUGUCACAAAGCCCAAGUCCCAUCGAGGUCGAGCAAAGAAGGAGAGUCACAGCCAGAACCAGCAGCCUCUGAGCUGCAAACACUGCAGAAAAACCUUCACCAAGCUGCUGCAGCUGAAAGCCCACCAGGCCAUCCACGGGGCGAACGCAGAGAAGCCCUUCAUCUGCUCUCAGUGUGGCAGAGGCUUUUCAUUCCAGCGAAGCCUCAAUGCACACAUGCUGCUUCACACAGGUGAGAGACCACACACCUGUGAUGUUUGUGGAAAGGGUUUCACCUUGAAGCAGCUGCUGAGGAACCACCAGCGUCUCCACGCUGAGGUGCGGCCGUUUCGCUGUGAACAAUGCGGAAAGAGCUUCUAUCGAGCCCACGGCCUGAAAAUGCAUCAGAUGGUCCACACAGGAGAGCGGGCCUAUAACUGCCAGUACUGCAACAAAAGCUUCACAAUACAAGGUAACCUGCAGCGCCACCUGCGAAUACACACAGGGGAAAAGCCAUUCAGGUGCGAGACUUGUGGCAAAAGCUUCAACCAGGCUGACACUCUGAAAGGCCAUCAGCGGAUACACACUGGUGAGCGUCCCUUCAGCUGUGAGACCUGUGGCAAAUGUUUCAUCCAGAAGAGUGCCUUGAAAAUGCACCAGAAGACUCACUCUCACUCAGGCAUGAAGUCCCUGGCAUGCGUAGCGUGCAGCACUAUAGUGGCCUGUGUCGACUCGCUCCGCAAACAUCUCCAGACACAUGCGGCGACUAUUCCGUGUACGUGUGUGCUCUGCGGCAGGCGGCUCAACUCCAUUACUGACUUGCGCUCGCAUCAGCAGCACCACACAGUGGACAGGCCUCACAGCUGCACGCUCUGUGGAAAGAGUUUCAAGUCAUCCAGUUACCUGAAGAUUCACCUGAAGGCGCACAGCGGAGAGAGGCCCUUCUCCUGCGACACCUGCGGUCGCAUGUUUACACAGCACAGCAGCCUUAAAUCACACCAGGUUGUCCACACAGGAGAGAAACCGUUCAGCUGUGACACAUGCGGGAAAUGCUUUAGCAACACAGGAAACCUGAACAGACACCAGCGCAUCCACACUGGGGAGAAGCCGUUCAGCUGUGACACGUGCGGACGCAGCUUCAACCAGGGCAACAGCCUAAAAGCCCACCAGCAGAUACACACCGGGGAGAAACAGUUUAUGUGCGAUAAGUGUGGCAAGAGUUUUUCCUACCUGAGGAACCUGAAAGACCACAAGUGUUUCUAUGUCUGAAGCUAAACUGUGACAAGACGUCUGCCCUGGUGAUAGAGCGCAUGACGUAAGCUUCCUGUACCUGUUGAGUGAUGGCCGUAGCUACACUGUGGGGUUCGGAUUAGUGAACAAAUAAAUGAAUAACCUUUUAGU